AUGUUAAAUAAAUUUGAAUUUGUUUUUAGUAAGAAAGUCGAUAUUGAUUAUCGUUCGAUCGAUGGUCGGCAAUUGAUUGCUUCAUUUCAAACAGUGUUUUGGCUUGAAAUCAAACAUUGGUUUGUUACAUGUGAACUUAUUCAACAUGCAUCAUCUAAUUUUCGAUAUCUAGGAAAUGAAAUACGACUCUAUUCGAUACCUUUUAUCGGUCGUCAUUUUGAAUAUCAUCUAAAUUCGAAUAUAAUUACAUUUUCGACUUUACCUGAAAUGAAUAAUGAUAUAACUAUGAUGGAUCAUGUAGAAAGUGUUUAUUUAGAAACAAAAGAACUAAUGACUGCAAUUACAAACAAACAGAAUAUGCCAUCAAUAACACGGUUAUUUCAUCAAGUAUCUGAUCUCGAUAUUCAAAUUGAUAAUACUUGGUCAAUUGAUUGUGUUCAUCUGGUCUCGACAUUAAUUGAUUUGUCACAAAUCAGAAAGCUCAAACUGCUUGAUAAAUUUGAUCCAGAUUCUUCUCAAAUCAUGACAACAAAUUACUUAAAAAUAUUCGAGCAAGCAUACAAUGUUCGUUCCCUCAUUAUUAUUAUUCAUUGGCUUGCUAAGACUGAUACCAAGAUCACAAAUCAAUUAUGCUCCAUAAUUCCUAGUCAUAUUGAACAUUUGACAAUUGAUGUUAGAUCAAUGAAGGAUAUGAAAAUCGUACUCGAACGUGUUGAUCAUUUGUCAAGUGUUACAUUUCGAUUUUACGAUAGUAAAUCCACUUGGCAAACAAUCAUUGAAUGGAUUUCGGAUCGAAGAGAUUUAACAUAUUGCAAAGAAUCUGGUGAACUACAUAUAUGGCUUGGUAUGAAAAAGACGAAUAUGCCAAAGUGA